AGUGGGAAGAAUACGCCUUACAUCGGAGGUCAGUGAGAAGAAUGCUCCUUACAUUGGUGAUCAGUGGGAAGAAUGCUCCUUAUAUUGGUGGUCAGUGGGAAGAAUGUCCCUUACAUUGGUGAUCAGUGGGAAGAAUGUCCCUUACAUUGGAGGGCAGUGGGAAGAAUUCCCCUUAUAUUGGUGGUGAGUGGAAAUUAUGCUCCUUACAUAGGUGGUCAAUGGGGAGAAAGCCUCUUACAUUGGUGGUCAGUGGGAAAAAUGCCCCUUACAUUGGUGGUCAGUGGGAAAAAAUGCCCCUUACAUUGGCAGUUAGUGGGUAGAAUGCCUCUUACAUUGGUGGUCAGUGGGAAGAAUGCCCCUUACAUCGGCAGUCAGUGGGUAGAAUGUCUCUUACAUUGGUAGUGAGUGGGAAGAAUGCCUCUUACAUUGGCGGUCAGUGGGAAAAAUGCUUCUUACAUUGGUGGUCAAUGGGAAAAAUGCUUCUUACAUUGGUGGUCAGUGGGGAAAAAUGCCCCUAACAUUGGUGAAUGGGAAUAAUGCUCCUUACAUUGGUGAUCAAUGGGAAGAAUGUUCCUAACAUUAGUAGUCAGUGUGAAAAUGCUCCUUUGGUGAUCAAUAAGAUAAAUGAUCCUUACAUUGCUGA